CAACUAUGCACAUAGUGGUAGGCCUUUGAACGGUGCACGCCGCCGUACGCCUACCUUUUCCCCCCUUAGGAUCUUCUCUCGACCCUUCAGCCUCUUCGUUCUUUUGCUAUAUCGUCCGUUUUACAUCACGCGUCAUCAGUGCUCUCGCCUCCCUACGUCCCGUACGGUGCUCUUCGUAUUCGGCGCGCGAGGAAUGCGGCGGUAAACAAACGCGGACGUCGACUCCCGAGAUCGUCAACAAACACACCGCCAGGAAGACGGACAAAAGGGAAGUACCUUCAAUGAAGAAAAAAUACGUAAACAUACAGCGAUAAUCGACUGAUUUGUCGUGUAAUAUUUAGUAUCGAUCGUGUGUUGUGUGAUACGACAGUAAGAAGUAAAUCGAGGAACGAGUGUCUAAAAAGAGGAAUGCUGUGGUCCCGAAAAUCGGAUUCUGUAUCGACAAAAUGAGAGAGUUGCGUACAAUUUGCCUCAUGGCAAUUUUUUCCUUCGUUUUAACGAUUGCGUAUAAUGAGAAUCAAAUAGAAAAAUCUAAUAGAAUACGAAAUAUCGGACGUAAAGCAGACGGAAUAAAAAAUCCGAGACGAUUAUUUGAUUCAUCGUCUAAACCUGUGUUUAAAUUACCUGAAAAAGACGAGAAAUUUCAUUCUAUACAGACCAGAUAUCGUCGAAGCAAUCAAAAUUUAAACACGGAAUCAACCACUUUAACAAAAGAAAAAGACAACGAGGAAACUACGUUCGUCUCUGAAUCUCCUGGACUAAUCGAUCUUUCCGGCCACACCAUGCCGGAUAUUGAUAGUGAUGUAUAUUUUCGAAGUCGGACAACUAGAAGCGACAACACAGACAUUGAUGAUACAAACAUCGAGCCGCUGGACGAUGAGCCUCACGAAAGUCUAAACAUUCUUCUAAACAGGUUGUUCGAAGCAUUGCAAAACGAUUCCUCGAAGAACAAUUGUAAUGUACAUAAUGGAACGAAUUCUAUCAGUAACAUGGGCAACGACGAAGAUCGUUGUCAGAAAUGGCUGGACAACAGAGAAAUUGAACAAGCUUUCCCGGGGUCCAUCAACGAGCUGCCAGCAUGUCCUUGUCGAUAUCCCAACGACAUCUUUUACGACGAUAUGAUUUGGGAUAAGAAUCGGCGGAAGAAAUUCCGGUGGCGCGAUGCGAGCAAUGAUCCGCAGAAGCACGUCUACAAACGCGGCGCUUCUUACUGCGUGCGAUCCUUACCGGCGCAGGGCAGUGAAAAUAUCGGUGCGCAGCAUUGUUGUUACGAUGAAGAAAGAAAACUGUUGACACGCGGCUCCGGCGCCGGCACCCCGUACAUCGUCAGUCCGGAGAUGUCGUUUAUGCUGCACGACAAGAUCGACCUGCUCCCUUGGCGGCUUUGUAAGGGUGACUUUAGUAGAUACAAUAAAGUAAGAGUACCAAAUAACGAAAAUGAAUGCAAAGUAAAUCCGGAUGAUGAGGAAUAUGAAUAUCAAGUGGAAAGUGCGAAAAAUUAUUGAGAUACAGUAUUGUCGCCAUCAUACCAAAAAAAGAAAUAGCAAACACAAUAUUAAUCAGUUCACUGGUAAAUCAAAAAUAAAUAUUUUGUGAUAAAACUGAUGAGAGCAAAUAAUGUUUUGACUCCAGAUUCAUAAUCAUUGGUUCAAAUCAUUCAUUGGAUGUAUCAAGUUUUAUACAAAUCCAUUAGUAAAGCUAUUCAUAGCAUUCAUAUAUAUUUCUUAUAUGGACUAAAAAGUGUUACAAUUGAGAAUGACUCAUCUAGCUCAGAUAAGAAUCAUUACCAGUGAACUGGUUAAAAGCGUGACUUUCAUUUUAACUGUUCAUUGUACACAGAGCAAUAUAAUAAAUUUUAAUUUAUUUUCCUAUUUAUUUUCCUCUGAAUACUAUAUAUGUAAUUUUACAUUAAUAAAUCACAUUAGAAAAAUUGUUUAGAAA